AAUCUCAACCGGUGCGAUGUGCCGUGAAUGAUCAUCAUUGUGAGAAAAAACGUGAGACGAUACAUUUCAUAGUUAGCUGUUUAUUGUGGGCGGUAGGGUUCUAUUUACCUGAAUUUACAUCGUACCGUGGAUGAUGUCGGACACCAAAGAAGAACUAUCCACAUCGUCCCUGCCCGCCAACGCUUCAAAAAAAAUACUCGCAACUAGAGUUCAGGGCACAGUAAAAUGGUUUAAUGUGAAGAAUGGCUAUGGAUUUAUUAACAGGAGUGAUACUAAAGAAGAUAUAUUUGUUCAUCAAACUGCAAUAAAGAAAAACAAUCCAAAAAAGGUUGUUCGAAGUGUGGGAGAUGGCGAAUUAGUUGAAUUUGAUGUUGUUGUUGGAGAGAAGGGAAAUGAAGCUGCAAAUGUAACUGGACCGAAUGGCACUUCUGUGAAAGGUAGUCCUUAUGCUGCAGAUAGAAAUCGAUACCGUGGCCGAUGGUUUCCUAAACGCCACUUCAUGCCACGGCAUAGACAGAAUGAAGGAGGCGAUGAUAGUCAGAGCCAGGAGAACAUAGAUGAUGAACAGCAGCCACAACCUCAGAGACCCGUAAGAAGACAGUUACGUCGUCCUUUCUUCAGGCAGUAUUAUAGGGGUCCAUCAAGAGGACCUCCACGAAAUGUUGAACGUGAUGGGAAUGAAGAUGAACAAAAUGAAAGGAAAAAUGAAGAAAGAAUUCCAAGAGGUGGAGGAGGGAAUCGUCGGGGUCCUAGACGAUUUUAUCAACGGUACUUUAAAAGGAAACCCCGCCGUCCUAGAAGUGACACUGAAGGCAGCCAAAGUGGAGUAGAAGGAGAAACAACUAACAAAGAUACAGAAGCAGAUGAAGAAGAACGUCAGCCACGUGGUCAAGGCUCUAGACCUCGUCCGCCUUACAGACCAAGAAUGGAUCGUCGAAGGCCCCGCCGAGGUGGUCCACAUACUAGAGCCAGAUCUUUGGAAGCUAGCAUUUCCAGAAAUGCAAAAGGCGAUGAUGGUGAAGAAACAAGUGGCAGGUCUGGGCCAGCAGAAGACUGUGAGUCAAAAUCUGAUGAUCCUGGUCAUGUUACUGAAAAUUCAAGUAGUGUUAAUAUUUCUCCUUCAUCUGUUCCGCAGUCUAAUGCUUCUGGUGAACCCAAUGACGCACCCCAGACAAAUGAAGGAUAUUCAAAUGAGCAAACAUCUGCAGAGCAGAGUGGUGUAAAAUGUGAAAACUCUUCUUCUGUAGAUGCUUCUCCAAAUGAAGCAAUAGUUUCUGCUUAACAAAUGGAGAGUUCCAUCAUUCUAUACUUCUUUGAGUCUGACUAGACUGCCUGCUUAUCAUGUCAUUAACAACAGUUGAGAUUUUGAACUUACUACUUUGUAAUUGUUACAAUGCUGUGAUUUGAUUGCAUUCAAACAGCCAAAGGCAUAGUUUUACAACAGGUAGAUUGUCAGAUUGGUUCUUUCAGAGAGCUAAUCUGAGAGUGCUAAGUAGUCAGAUUGAUCCUGAAAAGUUUUAAUUUGCUACAGUACUUGUUGAAAUUUUAUUUUUUCUUAUACAAAGCACGUUUUUGAACAGAACUAACAUUAUGUAUGUAAUUUUGGCCUUUGUUGUUUGAAAUAUAAUUUAUUUUUAAAAUUCUGACAUAUAUUAAUGAAAUGUAGCGUUGUUUGACUUUAUUUUGACUGAAAGCAGACACUUUGUAUACUUGAAACAGAAAGUUUAUAAAAAGGAAUUUGGAAUAAAAUUCUUCAUUUCACAUAAA